UGAAAACAAAAUCAAAAUGAAAAUGAUCGUAUCAUCGUAUUUAAAUGGGAGUUAGAGCAAAUAUUCCAAAGCGAUAGGACACUUUAAUGAUAUAUUUGUGGGGGCACUGCAAGCUUCAGAAGAUAGCCUUGUACAGCUAUCAGCUCUACUGAGGUUAAAUAAAAAGAAGGGAAUUCAUACAACAGACUUUAAUAUUAGUUGCACUGAAUCAACAUGCCCAUAUUGUUUGCUGUGGUAGCUCGUGGUACCACUGUCUUGGCUAAGUAUGCCAGUUGUGCUGGAAACUUUACAGAAGUUACAGAGCAAAUACUAAGCAAGAUUGGACCAGACGAUUCCAAACUGACUUAUUCACAUGGGAGCUACCUCUUCCAUUAUAUCAGUGAAGACAGAAUUGUCUACUUGUGCAUCACAGAUGAUGACUUUGAGAGAUCCAAAGCAUUUUUAUUUUUGAAUGAGAUCAAGAGAAGGUUUCAAACCCAAUAUGGAGUGAGAGCACAGACUGCCCUCCCCUACUCUAUGAAUAGUGAAUUCUCUCGAGUCAUAGCCUCACAAAUGAGGUAUGUUACUGAUAAGAGAGAACCAGACCAGAUGGAGAAAGUACAAGGUCAGGUGGAUGAACUGAAGGGCAUAAUGGUUAGAAAUAUAGAUAACAUUGCUGACCGAGGUGAGAAACUAGAACUGUUAGUGGACAAGACAGAGGAACUUAACGCCAAUGCUGUUUCUUUUAAGAAAACCAGUCGGGGGUUAGCCAGAUCUUUAUGGCUGAAAAACAUCAAGAUCACAGUUAUCAUAGUUAUUGUAGUCAUUGUCAUUCUUUACUUCAUCAUUUCUGCGGCUUGUGGGGGUUUAGACUGGCCCUGCACCAAGUCUAAAUGACUUAGGAAAUCCUGACCAGUAACACAUUAGGAUUAGUCUUUCAUAUUUUUAAGAUGAUGUGGCUGAUCACAAGCUCUUAUAUUUGUAAAAAUAUAUAUAAAGAUAUGAAAUGCAAAAAUGUUUAUAACGUCUAUGGUGGCUGUUUUAACCUUUGAUUUGAUGUGAUAUCCAGUACAUAUUGUCAUUUUGAUUUGUAAAAUCUGGGACAGGAAUAAUUCUAAAAUUUAAUUCAAAUGUUCAUAUAUACAUGUACAUUUCUUAUGGAUAUGGGAAAAUUCAGUGGGAAACUUGCAAGCAUUUUUUUUUCUCAUAUGUUAAUUAAAAAUACCUUAUGGGCAGAGAGAAUUUAGGAAGAACUGACAAUUUUCAAGUAUUUUGCAGGUAGGUAGUUUAAUUAAUGCCAGUAUAUAAUUCUAAUUAAUUCACCAGAGCUAUAUACUGCUACCAAAGAAUUAGUAGAUUAUAGAGUGCUAUUUAUAAGAUUGUUAAUGAACAUGUUCAGAGCUGAUGAUAGAGAUUUCACUGAUAUGAUUAUACAUGUAUAUUUUUUUUUGUUUUUGCUAUACAUCAAUUUGUUAUUGUAAUAUUAAAAUAAAUAUCAUCCUUA